CUUACACAACAGAGUUAGUUGAAGCACUUCACUACUUACAGAACUUCACUACUUAAAGAACAGAGUUAGUUGAAGAAUUAACAAUGAAGAAGGGAAACAUUUUCAGAAACAUUUGCUGUGGCAAAGGGACUUCAAGUAGUCACGCGGACCGCUGUUUGACAGCAGAUAAAACUGUGGUCACAAAUGACAAGAAAAAUUCCGAGAGCUCUGAGGUGAUAGUAAUAGACAUAUUGUCAGGCAACACAUGUCGCUACCUCAUGAAGGAUGUCAUCAGGGAAGGGUGCUUUGGCAAAGUCGCCAAGGCUGUGAAAUUAAAGACAUCAGAGCCCGUGGCCCUCAAGAUCCUAAAAACUGAGGCUGCCGCUAAAAGAGAGAUCCAAAUGCUCGAAGUAGUGAGCGUUCUUGACCCAGUCAAGAAGAACGUGGUUCAGUUCUUGGAGAAGUUUCAGCACAGAGGACAUACCUGUCUAGUGUUUGAAAUGCUGGACAGGAGUCUUCAUCAACUGCUCGUAGAACUAAAUAGGCCACUGUCUCUCAGUGAGAUACGACCAGUAACGCACCAGUUGCUGAUGGCCUUUGACGCUCUGAAGGGCAUUGGCGUCGUUCACGCCAACCUGAAGCCAGACAAUAUUAUGCUGGUGAACCACCCGGCUGAGCCCUUCCGGGUAAAACUUGUAGAUUUUGGCGUGUCCUUCAACACCUCAGAAGAGAGACAAGGGAUGAUAAUUCAGCCUCUGGGUUGCAGGGCACCUGAAGUCUUCCUGGGUCUACCCGUGUCCGAGGCCAUAGACAUGUGGGGUCUUGGUUGUGUGCUUGGGUUCGUGUACCUCAGAAAAAAGCUGUUUGCGUCACACUGCGUGUACCAGUCAAUUAGAGGCAUCGUAGACAUUCUGGGCCAGCCAGCUGACCACCUCCUGAGUGCUGGGAAACACACCCACACAUUUUUUAAGGCGAACCAGCACUGGGACAAACCAAGAUGGUGGAUGAAGACCCCGAGGGAAUACCAGAUUGGCACUGGCAUUGAGCCCAAAAGAUGGCACAUGCGUUUAAGAAACCUGGAUGACCUGAUUACACACGACCCAAGGACGCAGGAAAACAUUGAGCUGGAGGAUCAAAGGGCAUUUGUCAAUCUCCUGAAAUGCCUGCUAAAUACAGAUGCAGAGAAGAGGAUCACUCCGGGGAAGGCUCUCACUCACCCCUUUGUCACAAUGGCCCAUCUGGUGGAUGAAGUAGAGAUCAGCUUAUAUGCCAAGAAUUCUUCAAAGAAAAUGGCGGUCGUACCAACGGACAACUUCGAUGAGGACCUAUCUCCUAAUGGUGAGGCUGAAGGAGAGCCCAAUGAUGAAGAGCCUUCAGCCACAGCUCAUUUCAAUGACGCAGCUGUUCCUCGCUCCUGUGACAGCAUGCCUCGCUCAUCUGAUGGAGCAGAGGCUGCUGCAGAGAUAGAGGAUAUAUUUUUUACAGCUUUAGAGGAACCAGCUGUUUGCCAAGUUGCAGCCAGUCCAGCUGACGGUGAGGCUCAGGAAAGGCCCAAAGAUGAAGAGCCUUCAGCCACACCUCCUAAAAAUGAUGCCGGCUCAGCUGUUCCUCGCUCCUGUGGCAGCGUUGAAAAAAUGCUUCAUUCAUCUGAUGGAGCAGAAGCUGCUGCAGGAAUAGACGCUGCUGGCUCAGCUGUUAGCCAAGGUGUAGCCAGUCCAGCUGAAGAGACAUCGGCCGAUGGCGGGUCACCAGAUGAGUGUCCGCCUGCCAAAGAUAAGAAGAGCCGACUGAAGAGAAUCCGGAAAUUCUUUGGCAGGACAAUAAGGACCUUGUUUGGAAAGAAAAGAAAUGAUUAAAAGAAAUCUUGACUGUCAUAUUCUUACACCGAUCAGCCACAGCAUUAAAACCAGUAACUGCUUUUAAUGUUGUAGCUGAUCAGUGUAUGAAUAUGACAUUCAACAGGCCAAAGAGGAGGCCAAAAAUGGUUGUUAACACUCCUGGGAAGGGAUUAAGGGAGAGAAUUGUAGGUGUUUCUCUCUCAACCCAACCGGUCGAGGCAGAUGGCCGCCCACCCAGAGCCAGGUU